AAGUGCACACAACAUGUGACGAAAGAGUGAAUCACUUUAACAUCACUUCAAAUAUGUUUGUCUUAAAAGUAGUUUUACUUUUGUUGAGUCCAUUCAUUGUCUUGUAUUGGCUUUUGAAGACUUAUGUCCGAAGAGUUGACGCCAAAUAUCGUCAACAAAAUGGUCUGAGAGAUGACGUGAAGAUAAUUGCAUUUUUCCAUCCCUUCUGCAACUCCGGAGGCGGCGGUGAAAGAGUUCUUUGGGUCGCUCUCAGAGCUCUGCACCACAAAUAUCCCGAUUAUCAUUACGUGGUCUAUACGGGCGAUAUUGAGGCCAAACCCGAAGAGAUUAAAGCGAAAGCCAAAAAGCAGUUUCAAAUUGACUUAAAUUUUGACAUUAGUUUCGUAUAUCUGAAGAAGCGAUAUAUAGUCGGCGACCGUUUGUACCCAAUCUUCACUCUUUUGGGACAAAGUAUUGGUUCAGUAUUUCUCGGAUUUGAAGCACUGUUUCAAUGCGUUCCCGACGUAUACAUCGAUUCCAUGGGUUUUAGUUUCACGUUUCCUGUGUUCAGAUAUAUAGGCGGCUCUCGUGUUGGCGCGUAUGUCCACUACCCGACUAUAAGCACUGAUAUGUUACAAAUGGUGACCAACACUAAGACUUCGUAUAACAAUAGAGCUAUUAUUAGCAACAGUCGAGUGUUAACGAGUGGUAAACUUCUGUAUUACAAACUGUUUGCAUAUCUGUACGGAUUGAUUGGCCGAAUGGCACUCGUAGUGAUGGUCAACUCGAGUUGGACUCAAAGACAUGUGGAGUCCAUUUGGAAACGGAAGGCCCGCACUGUAUACCCGCCCUGUAAUACCGAUGACUUGAAACGACUGUCGCUUCAAAACAAGAAGGAAUUGCAAAUCGUAUCCAUCGGUCAAAUCAGACCCGAAAAGAAUCAUAGCUUACAAGUGAUCGCAUUUAAAGAGUUUAUCGACAAACUGUCGUCCGAAGGGAUUGACACUCAAUCGGCAAAACUGGUGAUUAUUGGCAGCUGUCGUGACGAUGAGGACAGACAACGACUCAAUGAUCUCAAACAACUUUCCCGCAGUUUAGAUAUCGAAAGCAAUGUUGAGUUCAAAGUAAACAUUCCGUACGAAGAGCUUAAAGAUCUAAUAGAGGAGUCGAGUAUUGGUGUGCAUACUAUGGUUAACGAACACUUUGGUAUCGGUGUUGUCGAGUGUUUGGCCGCCGGACUCAUAACACUAACGCACGCUUCUGGAGGACCUAAACUCGAUUUGAUUACCGACGGUGUAAAUGGCUUUUUGGCCACCGAUUCGCAGAGUUUUUGCCAAAAGCUUUACAAUAUUUAUAAUUUAAAUAAAUCCAAAUUGAAUGACAUUAGACUCAACGCUCGCAAAAGUGCCGAUCGAUUCUCUGAACAAGAAUUCGAGACAUUAUUUCUGACAUCAAUUGAAGAGAUUCUUCAUUAAAUUUUAUGACAAUUUUAGUAUUUAUUUUAAAUUAUAAAUAAAGUUCAUUAAAUUCACG